GUCCUGUCCGUGGGUCGCGCCGGAGCGAGCCCGGGAGUCCCCGGCACGCCCGCCCGCUCGCUCCGCAGCCCUUCCUGCCCAGCGCCUCCCGAGCUCCCGGACGAGAGCGAGUCACCCACCAGCUCCGUCUGCUGGGACCCCGGGCGCGCGAGGGAAGGGGCCACCCGCGCGUCCCUCCCGCCUGGUCCUGGGCACCGCGUCUCCCCGGGUGCCUCCGGGGCAGUGGGGCCGCCUCGGAGAGCCGCUGAGGUCGAGGACCAGAGAGAGGAGGAUGCCCGCGAACGGCUGCAACCCGAGGUAAUCACGGACGGAUGACGGCGACGGCCCCGGGCGACCUGAAACGCGGACUCCGGAGGUGGCACGCGCUACUCAGGAUUAAGUUUCACGCGGCUUGAAAUACCAUAUUUUCUGUGAGUCCUGAUCAAGUGAUACGAAUGUGCUGCAAUGGUGACAUAAACUGUUGUCUGGGACGAGACUGAGAAAGUAUCUGAAACACCGUCUUUCUUCUUUUCUUUUUUUAUGGUGCUUCUAUUGGGAACAGCCCAAGACCAGUAUAUAUAACAUGAGUUUUAUCAUGAAGCUUCACAGACACUUUCAAAGGACAGUUAUUCUGCUUGCCACUUUUUGUAUGGUGAGCAUUAUUAUUUCUGCUUACUACUUGUAUAGUGGCUACAAACAGGAAAAUGAACUCUCAGAGAUAGCUUCAGAAGUGGACUGUGGGGACUUCCAACACCUACCAUAUAGGCUAAUAGAAGUGAAGACCGCAAAGCCUUUUGAUGCCUCGAGGACUGACCCUGUAGUCCUGGUGUUUGUGGAGAGCCAGUACUCAUCUCUCGGUCAAGACAUCAUUAUGAUUUUGGAAUCAAGUAGAUUCCAGUAUCACAUUGAAAUUGCUCCUGGAAAGGGGGAUCUCCCAGCACUUAUUGACAAAACUAAAGGCAAAUAUAUUCUCAUUAUUUAUGAGAAUAUAUUCAAGUAUUCAAAUAUGGACUCUUGGAAUCGAAGCCUUUUAGAUAAAUACUGUGUAGAAUAUGGUGUGGGUGUCAUUGGAUUCCACAAAACUAGUGAGAAGAGCCCACAGAGCUUUCAGUUAAAAAGUUUCCCUUUCUCCAUAUAUGGAAACCUUGCAGUGAAGGAUUGUUGUAUUAAUCCACAUUCUCCAUUACUUCAUUUGACCAAAUCUUCUAAGCUUGAAAAAGGUCCUUUACCUGGAAGCGACUGGACAGUUUUUCAGAUUAAUCACUCAGCCUACCAACCAGUAAUAUUUGCCAAAGUAAAGACCCCAGAAAACCCUUCUCCUCUCAUCUCUAAAGGUGCUUUUUAUGCCACUAUUAUACAUGACCUGGGGCUUCAUGAUGGAAUUCAAAGAGUUCUUUUUGGCAACAACUUGAACUUUUGGUUGCACAAACUCAUCUUCAUAGAUGCUGUCUCAUUCUUGUCAGGAAAGAGGCUCACGUUGUCCUUGGACAGGUACAUUCUAGUGGACAUCGACGAUAUCUUUGUGGGAAAGGAGGGAACAAGAAUGAACACCAAUGACGUUAAGGCCCUGCUUGAUACUCAGAAUCUUUUGCGUGCACAAAUCACAAAUUUUACAUUCAACCUGGGAUUUUCAGGGAAAUUUUACCAUACAGGAACUGCAGAGGAAGAUGAAGGGGAUGACCAUCUGUUGGGGUCUGUCGAUGAGUUCUGGUGGUUUCCUCAUAUGUGGAGCCACAUGCAGCCUCACCUCUUCCAUAAUGAAUCAUCCUUGGUGGAGCAGAUGAUUCUCAACAAAAAGUUUGCCUUAGAGCACAGCAUUCCCACUGGCAUGGGCUAUGCGGUGGCCCCUCACCAUUCGGGCGUCUACCCUGUGCAUGUCCAGCUUUACGAGGCCUGGAAGAAGGUUUGGAAUAUUAAAAUCACCAGCACUGAAGAGUAUCCACAUCUGAAACCAGCUCGAUACCGGAGGGGCUUCAUCCACAAAAACAUCAUGGUUCUUCCAAGACAAACCUGUGGGCUUUUCACUCACACAAUUUUCUACAAAGAAUAUCCAGGAGGCCCUAAAGAGCUGGACAAGAGUAUCCAAGGAGGGGAACUUUUCUUCACUGUGAUCCUCAACCCAAUCAGCAUUUUCAUGACCCAUUUGUCCAACUAUGGGAAUGAUCGACUGGGAUUAUACACAUUUGUUAAUCUAGCCAACUUUGUGCAGAGCUGGACCAAUCUGCGACUUCAGACUCUGCCUCCACUGCAGCUGGCUCACAAGUAUUUUGAGCUCUUCCCUGAGCAGAAAGACCCUCUCUGGCAGAAUCCUUGUGAUGACAAACGCCACAGAGACAUUUGGUCUAAAGAAAAAACCUGUGAUCGCUUGCCAAAAUUCUUGGUAAUAGGACCCCAGAAAACCGGUACUACUGCUUUGUAUUUGUUCCUGGUUAUGCAUCCUUCCAUCCUUAGUAACUCCCCCAGCCCAAAAACCUUUGAGGAGGUACAGUUCUUUAAUAGAAAUAACUACCACAGGGGGAUUGAUUGGUAUAUGGAUUUCUUUCCAGUCCCAUCUAAUGUUACCACUGACUUUCUGUUUGAGAAGAGUGCCAAUUACUUCCACUCAGAGGAGGCUCCUAAAAGGGCUGCUUCUCUGGUCCCCAAGGCCAAGAUCAUCACCAUCCUCAUUGACCCUUCAGACCGGGCUUACUCCUGGUACCAGCAUCAGCGAUCACAUGAAGACCCUGCAGCUCUGAAGUUUAGCUUCUACGAAGUGAUCUCAGCUGGGCCCCAUGCACCUUCUGAGCUCAGAGCCUUGCAGAAGAGAUGUUUGGUCCCAGGGUGGUAUGCCAGCCACAUCGAGAGAUGGCUUGUUUAUUUCCCCCCCUUUCAGUUGUUAAUUAUCGAUGGGCAGCAGCUAAGAACUGACCCUGCUACAGUGAUGGAUGAAGUACAGAAGUUUCUGGGAGUCUCUCCUCAUUAUAAUUAUUCCGAAGCUUUAACUUUCGAUUCUCAUAAAGGUUUCUGGUGUCAGUUACUGGAAGAAGGUAAAACAAAAUGCCUUGGGAAAAGCAAAGGAAGAAAAUACCCUCCAAUGGACUCUGAUAGCAGAGCAUUUCUGUCAAGUUACUAUCGAGACCAUAAUGUGGAACUCUCAAAGCUGCUGCACAAACUGGGGCAGCCUCUGCCGUCCUGGCUGAGACAGGAGCUGCAGAAAGUGAGAUAGCACCCAGAUAAAACGUCUUGAGGCUUCAUCAUCCACGUAACACUCACCUUUUCCACCACUUCCAGAGCCACCAAAAGGCUAUGAAAAAUAUACCUCUUCAAACGAGAACAAAGAACAAAGUUCCUUCCAUGUGCUGGCAUAUGGAUGGUGGGGCUUGGGAGAAAGUACCUGCUACAAUCCUUAAGGCCUAUGGCCUUUCUCUGAACCUAUAUCUGAGCCUGUGGAAUUAUUGUAGACUACUGUGCACUCAUGUGGAAGUCAGUAGCAACCAACGUAAAUGUAAAACACAAAUGCAGAACUGUUCCAUUUCAUUCUAAUAUUUACAUUUUUAUAUAUCCACUAAGAUUGUGUCUCAGUAGAUUUUUAGACCACUGUUUGCCUGUGUAAUGUUUUCUUAUUCUUUGAUUCUAUAAUGUGUCUUAUAAAACAAAAAACAAAAUAAACAUCAACACGUAACAUAAAAUACCAAAAGCAUUAACACCCUUGAGAAAUGCUUGCCAAAAUUUAAAUCCACUGAAGUAUUUAGAAAGAAUUGUAAAUUACAAUUUGUGCUAGAUCAGAGAGUGGAAUAUUUAUAUGUGCUCCUUAUCUGCGUCAAAAAAAAAAAGAUAAGUGUUAUGGCAAAAAUGAAAGUAAUUUAUUAGAUAAAUAGUCUGGUGCAUUUAGGUAAAAAUAACUGACUCCUCCAACAUAACGUAAUUGCUAAACUAAAGCAUAUAUUGUAAAGGUGUUGGACAGUAAAUAGAAACACAAUGAUAUACCAAAACAGUAAAUAAUAAAGUAAAGUGUACUGACUAAAUCCUCUAUAAGGGAGAAAUUGUCAGGGUCUAAAAAUAUAUCAUUGAUAACUCUGUGUCCCCUUGCUGUUAGCUAAAAUUCUAUUCCAAUAGUCCUAUCACUUGUUCUAUAGAACGUAUGCAUAAAAUGCGAGGUAUGUGUUAUCUCCAGAAACAGAUUGACUUUUAAAUGUGAAUAGCUCUUUUUGAAAAAUUCCCUAGAACAAAACUGAUUAAAAUGAAAACCAAGGACAGUUUCCCUAGAUGAUGUGCUUAGGGAUUUACAUUUAAAUUAUAGAAAAACUACACUUUUUCAGAUAGUUCAAAAUGAAAUUAUGUAAUGUAGAGAUUUAUAAGAAAAAAAUUAAUAUAUGAUUUGUAAUCUGAUAUUUGCAAUAAUAAUUUUAAUAUAAGACAAAUAAAUUAAGCAGGGCAGAGUACCAUUUUUAGAAUAUUUCAUACAUCACACUCAUGGAAGACAACAGAACGUUGUUAAACUUAUGAAUCACCUACUAAAUUAAAUGCAGGACAUAUAAAGAUGAGCAAGGCAUGGUUUUUGAAAUACAUUUACACUUAACUUUUAAAUGAUACAUAAGAUUAAUAAAUUACUGCAAAAAUAAAAUAUGAUAAACAUCCUUAUUUUUUAUUGUUAGCUGUUAGUUUUUAUGUGUACUGUUACACAUAAAUAAAAUUUAAGUAAUAAAUUCAUUGCCAUGAUUAAAUAAGUCUUUAUGAAAUGUUAGCAAAGGUAUGAUUAGGAAAAAAAGAUAUGCCAAGAAAAUUUAUAGCCCCAAUAUUUUCAUCGUCAUUGUCACUGUAACAUGUGAAACUAAAUUCUAUCAAUUAUUCACAAUUAUUGUGAAAUCCUUCCAGUUAAUAUAAAUUUUUAACUUACAUCAGUUACUAAUUAAUUUUUUUUAUGUUUUAUGUACUCAAAAGACACACUAAUUUCUAACAAACUAUUAACAGUAAGAACCAGUUGUUAAAAACCCUGGCAGUAAAAGCAAAAUCAAAAUCAUCUGAGCAAAUAUAGUAAACUCAGUCUCUAGGCUUACUACUGCCUCUUAUGAAACAGUACAUACCCAGCAUGCUUGGAAAAUGAUCAGUCUUUAAUCUCCACUAAUUUAAGAAAAUUGGCUUAAGGGGAUCAAAUACAGUGAGAACGGGUUCCAGCACUUACAUGCAGUGUCAUGUUACCAUUUUGGCCACAACAUUUCUACUGAUAAAA